CAAUCCUGGUCAAUGUCACUGAAAACAAACUGUCAAACAAUUGCAACUUGGUUUGUUUAUUGCUUUGUGGAUUUUUCGGCGAAAUAUUUGGUACCUGAGUACCGCGAGUGGGUACUUUUAGUUGUGAAUUUGAAGGAGAACUACCAAAUCAAAAGAAACGAAUAUAAAAAACAGGAACCGCCUAUUCUCCCGUUGCGUAGUAUAUCCUUGGCAAGUAGUUAAUCGAAAGCCGCUAAAUUCAGGAAUGUGUACGAUUCUAGAAUAAAAAAUGCAAGUGCAAAAUUUCUUUAACGACAACUAAAAGAAAACAAGUGAAAUGAAAGCAACAGGCCCAACUGAAACUUCAACGCCAAAAGCCCCGUUUAAUAAAUCCAUCAAAAGGUCCCGUUCAAAGGUGACUAAAUCUAAUAGGCAAUCAUCGACGCAGCAACAACAAUCAUCGGAUUUGGUUUACAAUCCGGCUUCAGCGGAAUGCUUUCGAGAGAAGGGCCAUCAGCGAAGUUACUCAGGUUUCGGACCGAAAACUAUAAAAGUUUUCUGGGAACAACAUGAUACAAGCGAUACAGAUGUGAUGCCAGAAGCUUACGCUCAUUUGGCUGAAGAUGCUACUUACAAGAUUUGGGACGUCAUUAAUACAAUAAAAACUUAUGCUAGACAUUCUGGUGGUCGAGUCACAUGUAAUAUUGUGAAUGAGGUGCUAAAAGAUAGUGACGUGCCGCCCAUAUUGGGCUCGGAGGAUAAGCCAUGGGAUAAAAUUGAAUAUGAUGGAAAUUUUUACUUUAAUAAGGAUGUGGAUAUUGAUCUGUGCAAGGAAUACUUGAGGGAGGAGAGUCCGAUGGAAGUGCUUCCGAGCGGUGAUUUAACUACAGUUUGGUCAAUUGAUCACCAGAAUUCACAGAUUUUAUUUGAAUUCUCUUCUACAUUGUGUGCAGCAAUAUUUCUUGGGGAUGACGAGACUUUCAAAUACGGAUUGGAGAUUGCUGCCUUUGCCCCACAUAUUGGCUGUAUUUUUAAAAUAAUUCUAAAAAAAUGCAUAGAAAUGCUCGCUUUCGAACAAACAUCGAAAAUUAUUGAACGAUGCAUGCAAUUCCUACGAGCUUUGGUUUUCAAUAUCCACUCACGGGAUGUAGAAUGUCGUGAACAACUCUUCCAUUUAUCUGAGCUUUUUGCUUGCUUAAUCUGCGGUCCACAAGAACCAGAGGUUAAAACUGAGUCUUUUGAGUUGGUAAAAAAUUUCUUAGAAAGUUCAGCUACCGAGCUAAAAAAGGAUCCUGAAGCUUUAAAUCAAAUCGACGUGGACGAUAUAUGCAACACAUACGAAGCGCUCCUACAAAUAAUGGCCCGAAAUGGGUUCCAAGGAGGCGAAAGUACCGAUGGAAUGAAAAUUGAACCGCAAGAUGGAUUAGAAAGUGCUUUGAAAGUCGAGCCAUUUGAAGAAACAGUUCAAAUGGAAACGAAUGCUAUUCAUGGAAACCAAUUGAAUGCUAUGGAGGAAGAUUGUGAGCCACCCACAUCAGAAGCACCUAUAGCGAUUAUCUUUUCACCGUACAAAGUUGACGCUACGGAAGAUUGUAUAGAGAGUGUAUACUCGACACUUGGUGAGCUGGCAAACAAUUUUGGAUACUUCCAGAGCGAGUGCACAUUUGUAAUUGUAAAGCGAAUGGAAAGAUUUUUUAAUGAUCGGAUGACCCUGGAGCAGAAUGAUUACAAACGCCUGACUAGGAUCACCAGAGCACUUCUCACAUUAGGAGAAUAUGCAUUUCGUGAAAUAACGCCUUAUUUGCAUAAAGUCGACUCAUCGAUUGCACCGGAAUGGAUCAUUACUACAUUCAAUACGGGCGCCAUUUUUUUGAAAGGACGAGACGAUAUAUUUUUAUAUGAGUUCUUGGAAGAUCUUUGUGGAGAUAAAAUGCAGCCAUUUAUGCUAUAUUUUUAUAGAUAUUUAGAGUGCUCUACAACCAAAAAGUUUAUCUCACUGAGAAAAGCAACGUAUAAAAUCCCAUCGAAGGUUGGAUUAAGAUGCCUCGAAAGGCGAUUGCCGAGGACUGAAAACGUCGCGAUGUAUUUUCCAGAAGCAGCACCAUCAAUUAUAAAACCGAAAAGAAUUGGAUUCCGCUUUGCUGGAUGCAGGCCUGUCUUGUUAAAAGCAAAGCCACAUAUGAAAAUGGAGAAAUGCUUUAAACAAAGCCCAAUAAGUAAAUUCCAGGAAAAAGUAGUAAUUGCGCGGCGAAAACUGUUAAAACCUUUGAUCAAUGAAAAGAAAUAUCUUAGACUCAGUAAUUUUUGUUUUACCCAAAUAUAGGUUAUUGUAGAAGGAAUAAAAAGAUGUGAAAGGUUUCGCCAAU